AUGGUAGUUAUGUUCAUUCAAGAACAUAAGGUAAUGACAGUGAAAGAGAAAUGUGUUUUGGUGAGAAUUAUAAGGCUUGUGUCGUGCCAAAAUGGUCUCUCAGGUCAUAUCUUGACAGGAAGAUUUAUUCAAAAUAUUCUCGUCCAAGAUACAAAAAACCGUGUUGUCGUUGCUUUAGUGGUAGGGUAUGUGAAUAUGAAUUUCAUGUAUGGAAAAGUGAGUGACAAGAGAGAUGUAUAUGCCUUUGGUGUUGUCCUACUUGAACUCAUAUCAGGGAGGGAACCGAUCCACUCGAAAACUUGCAAAGGACGCCAGAGUUUGGUCUCGUGGGCGAAACCGAUUUUAGAGAGUGGAGAUUUUAAAAGGUUAGUGGCCACAAAGUUACAAGGAAAGUUUGAUGUAGAACAAAUGAACAUAAUAAUUCUUGCAACAUCUAUAUGCAUAACACGGGAUGCGCGGCAUCGUCCUACAAUGAAUUAG